AUGCCAGUCUCCUACUCUUCGCCCACUGUAUUCGGCAAUAGUCCGCAACUUCGACGACCUUGGUACGCCGGCCAUCGAUCGAGCUACCUUGACCUGAUCCCCGAAGAAGAGCUGGAAGCCUACGCAAGGAUGGACGACGUCGAUGGACCAGCAAGACAGAAGUCCGCCUCCAGUCCAGAGGUGGACCAGCUGGCUGUUGCUAAAGAGGCUGGCCUCAAACCGCCUCCUUCGGCCUUGAAGACGAACGGCGACACAGACAGCACACCCAUAGACAGCGGCGCAUACCCCAACGACUACCUCUCCGUCAACUCCUCCUCCUACAGUGGCAUGGACACCCCUUCUACACCCGGCCUCUCGCGCACCACCAGCUCCUCCGAUGUCUCAUCUGGUUUUGAGGGCUUUGGGCAAGACUCCUUCCCACCCGUCGACCGACUGACCAUGUUCGACAUCCUCGAGAACUUCGCCCUCCCGCAACGGCUGGAGAAGAUGCAGAAUGCCAUCCACGACAACGCGGAGAAGCUGCGGCGGCAACGUGCGAAGCUGGCCUCUCGCGCCAUAUCCGGCAAGAACAUCGUCGGCGAAUGGAGGAAGAAGGUGCCUGCGCCUGAAGAGCAACUGGACAAGUAUCAAAAGCGCAUGCGGGAUACCGUAGACCGGGUCAACAAGAGAUGGAACGCCGCAAAGACAGUCACGAUGAAGGAGAAGAUCUCGUUCGUGACGGCCGUCCUGAACAUCUUCAUCUCUGGUUACCUGAUAGGUGGUUGGCCGGAGUACUUCCACUACUGGUACACUGUACAACUGGCGUACUUCAUGCCCAUCCGAUGGUACAACUACCACAAGAUCGGCUUCCACUACUUCCUUGCAGACCUCUGCUACUUCGUCAACCUCCUGAUGAUCCUCUCCAUCUGGUUCUUCCCGCAAUCCAAACGCCUCUUCAUCAGCACAUACUGCCUCGCCAUGGGCAACAACGCCGUCGCCAUUGCCAUGUGGCGCAACAGCCUGGUCUUUCACUCCCUGGACAAAGUGACAUCCCUCUUCAUUCACAUCAUGCCCUGCGCCACCCUCCACGUCCUCGUCCACCUCCUCACCCCGGCCCAGCAAGCCACCACCUUCCCGGCCAUCUACUCUAUCAAAUUCUCACCCCCCUCCGCCCCGGAACACUACACUCUCACCGACAUGAUCAUCUGGGCCACGGCCCCCUACGCCCUCUGGCAACUCUCCUACCACACCCUCAUCACCGUCCGCAAACGGAGCAAAAUCGCCGCCGGCCGCCCCACCUCCUUCACCUGGCUGCGCAAAUCCUACUCCGGCAACUUCUUGGGAAAACUCGUCCUCUCCCUCCCAGACUCCGCGCAAGAGCCGGCUUUCAUGGGGAUCCAGUAUAGCUACGCCAUGCUCACCAUGCUCCCCUGCCCGCUGUGGUUCUGGUACCGCUGGGCGAGCGCGGGGUUUCUGAUGGUGGUUUUCACGUGGGCGGGCUGGAACGGCGCGACGUACUAUAUUGACGUCUUCGGGCGGCGGAUGGAGAAGGAGCUGGAGGCGCUGCGGAGGGAGGUGCAGAGGGGGGAGGUGAAGAGUCCGGAGUUGGGGGGUAUGAGUCCCGGAAGUCCGCAGGGUGGGCAGGGAGGGGAGGGGGGUGGGAAGGCUAGUGCGUUGGAUUUGGGACCGGCGGCGCAGCAGGGGGAGGGAGAGAAGAAGGUGACGGAGGGGUUGACGGUGAAGCAGAGGAAGGUUAAUGGCAGUGCGUGA